AUGGCGGCUAUAUCUUCAUCUCCAGUUGUCCAAGCGAUCGAUCAGAAAUCUAUUCACCAGAUUUGCUCUGGUCAGGUUGUAUUGAGUAUUGCAACUGCAAUGAAAGAGCUUGUUGAAAAUAGCUUGGAUGCUGGAGCCACCAACAUCGAAAUCAAGCUACGAAACCAUGGCGCUGAUGUGUUAGAGGUGAUCGACAAUGGCUGUGGGGUAGAGCCCCACAAUUUUGAAGCGUUGACUUUGAAGCACCAUACUUCGAAACUUAAAGAUUUUUCCGAUCUCGCAAGCGUGGAAACGUUUGGUUUCAGAGGAGAGGCACUAAGCUCUCUGUGUGCGCUGAGCAAACUUACAAUAGUAACACAUCACUCAUCCCAAACUGUGGCAACAAGACUAGAAUAUGAUCACAAUGGAAAACUGCUCUCCAAGAACCCUUGUGCCAGGGAUGUUGGCACUACAGUGUUGUUAGAAAACAUUUUUUCAACUUUACCUGUUCGCCACAGAGAGUUUCUGAGGAACAUCAAAAGGGAGUUCUCAAAACUAGCACAUGUCCUACAGGGAUACUGUCUUGUUAGUACAGGUGUGAGGAUAAUGUGCAGUAAUCAAGUGGAAAAGGGAAAAAAGACAACAACCGUGUCAACAAAUGGAAGUGACCAAGUGAAGGAUAACAUAACCUGUGUCUUUGGACCAAAGCAGGUACAAACUAUAAUGGCUUUUGAGCAAUCAGUGCCAAAUGAGGAGGAUUGCACUGAAGUUGGCCUUGAUGUAGUAAAAACUGACCCACAGAACAGUCCUUUCCAUAUCACAGGCUAUAUUUCAAAACCAGAUCACGGCAUGGGACGUAGCAGUGCCGAUCGUCAGUUUUUGUACAUUAACAAAAGACCCUGUGAACUGUCCAAAGUUGUCAGGGUCAUCAAUGAGGUCUACCACACUUACAACAGACAUCAAUAUCCUUUUGUGAUGCUGGAUAUUUCCCUUGCAAGAGAUGGAGUGGACGUCAAUGUGACUCCAGACAAACGUCAGGUUUUUGUCCAGGAGGAGAAGGUGCUCCUAGCCACAAUGAAGUCAUCCUUGAAGAGAAUGUUUGACCCUUGUACAGCUUCUUUCGAUGUCAAUCAAAAACCUCUGAAGCAAAUCAAAUUGUCUGAAACCUUCGCAGCAAAAGAGGGUAAUGGUGUCAAUUUCCCAGAGAAAGAGGAACUUCAGAAUCAGAAAGCUUUGAACUCUACAGUCAAUGAAGUUGUCGAAGUAUCACGCUCUGUUCAGCCUACGUUGACAGCUAGACCUGGUGUGUCUGAGGAGAGAGGAGGGUUUCCUUCUCUCAGUGGUUUUAAGAGAAAAUUCACAGUUGUUGAUGAAUAUGUCACGAAAAAACCGAAAGAACCCAGUAGUAAGCAAGCAAGGCUUACUUCUAUGUUUUCUCGGGUUGGUGGUUUGUCGAAUCAAAGCCACAAAGUGAGACCACGAUCUGAAAGGAAACAAACAACUGUCAUUAACGGCCAGGGAGAUAAUGAAGAACUCAUGGAAGAUUGCAGAAUUAGCGAAGAUGUUAUUGAAGUUCAGCACAAACUAGACUCAAAGAACUUUGUGGAUGAGGAGUAUGUCCUUGAUCAUAAUGGCGAGGACCGCUCAGUACAGAGUGAAAGCGACAGUAUAUUAAGGGUGAUAAGCAGUAGGAGUGAGGUAAGGGACAUACUUAACGGAGAGACUGUUUUAGAUGAUAAUACCGUUGAAGAGAGCAGUUCAAGAUGUCCUGCUUCUUUCCAAAGUUUAAGUUUUGCGAGCGAAUCUGGAGAAAACAACCAGGAUGAUCCAGAACCUCAGACGGAAAAUCAAUUCCCUAAAGAAAAUGUGGACAGCGGAGAUUACGCCAUGAAGGUGAUAACUUUAACUCCUAACCGUCCAAAGGCUUUAAGUUCAAAACAAGGUGAAGUUUCGGGCUCAUUUACAGACAGGAAGGAAAGCACAGUUAACUUCAGUAUGGAUGAUCUGUUGUCUAAUGCCAAGAAACCACAGCGAAGGAAAGCAAGGGAAGUUGAAGCUCGCUUGUUCAGAGCCAAGAUUGCUCCCGAGAGUAAUUCAAGUGCAGAGACAGAGCUGAGAAAGAAUAUUAGCAAAGACAUGUUCAAACGGAUGGAAAUUCUUGGUCAAUUUAAUUUGGGUUUUAUCGUUGCUAAACUGGACAAUGAUUUGUUUAUAAUCGACCAGCACGCAUCGGAUGAGAAGUAUAACUUCGAAGAUCAGCAGCGCAAUACCAUAAUCAGGUCGCAACGGCUUAUUGUUCCACAGAAACUUGAACUAACUGCUUCUAACGAAGCCAUCCUCAUGGACAACGUGGAAAUAUUUCGAAAGAAUGGAUUCGAAUUUGAAAUUGAUGAAAAUGCCGAAGCGAUGCGGAAGGUUAAACUAAUUUCGCUUCCCAUGAGCAAGAACUGGACGUUCGGCGUGGAGGACAUCGAAGAACUGAUUUUCAUGCUGAGUGAUUCACCCGGCGUUAUGUGCAGACCUUCAAGAGUUAGGAAGAUGUUUGCGAGCCGUGCAUGUCGUAUGUCUAUCAUGGUUGGAACAGCAUUGGAUCAAGCUCAGAUGAAGAAGAUUGUCCGUCACAUGGGUGAAAUUCAACAUCCGUGGAAUUGUCCUCACGGCCGGCCCACCAUGAGACAUUUGGUGAACCUUGGUAUGCUGCCAUCAUCAGAUUUCCUUUGACAAUUGACGGAUUAAGACAAAAUGUUUCCUUUUCUAAAGUAAACGGAGGAAAUUAUUUUCUGUUUGUUAGAGAAUCCACUCUUAUGCCCAAUCUAGCUGCCCUCAUUAGAAAAUGCCCUCGUUGUAGUUCCAGUGCGAAACACUUAGUACCUUAGAAAGGUGCAAUUUUAUCAGAAUUGAAAUAAACUCUGUUCUUUUAAAUAAUCGUUUCGUUCCAUAAGAUCUUCUUCACGGAAGAACAAAUGUUGUUCAUGUUGGCGACAGUAGACAUCCCUGCAGUCAUACACAGUCAGAGUACCGUGACACUCCAGUUUAACCAUGAGUUGCCACCGUUUUCAUACUCGGAUUGAAAACCGACCUCCAUUGUUAAAUGGAACUUUUAAAAUUGAAUUCAGUUCAGAGUUAUUUGACGAGCGAGAUUGCUAAUCAUAAGAAGUUAGCUGAACUUCACCAUGCUGCCAUCAUCAAUUUUAGGUUGGAAGUAGUCUAGGUAAUUUCAGCGUUUAUUUCCUCAUCUCUUACGUGUUAAGUUUGUACGACUUCAUCAAAGAAUAAUUUGCUUAGAUAUUGACAUCGAAAAAGUAAAAUAAAGUACACUAAAUCAUGCAUCAA